AUGAAAAUAUUGAUAUUUUUGCUUGUAUCUAUGUCAUUUACUUUUGAAAUUGAUAACGGUAAGGUGAAAGGAUCAGUCAUUUACAAUAGAACUGCAAAUUCAACUGGAUGGAAUUUUCUCUAAAUCAAUCUAGAGAGUAUUGAAAAUGAUGAAGAUGUUUUUGCAACAGCGGGAAGAUUAGAGGGAGAGGAAUCCAGAGAAGAAAUUUACAAUGCUUAUAUGAAUUAUAUUUAUGGAAUUCAAGGAGGAAGACACUUUUUACCAAAAUAGCUUUAGAGAUAUGUGCAUAAUUAAUAUAAAUGGCUGAAAGAAUAAAGUUAAUCUUAAAAUACACCAUAUUGGAGGAUGGUUAAAUAUCUUUUGAUUUAGUUAGAAAACAUGUAUGAAGGAUACGAUUAUCAUUAUGGUAAAACAGAUAAAGCCUUAUCUUUUGAUUAGUUCUAUUACCUUAGUAAUAUGGGUGAUCUUUAAGAUUUGUGGCCAAGCGUUGGUUAAAUUUAAACUUAAGGUAUUGGAAAUUGUAAUUCCUUUUAUAAACCAGGUAUUAUGGCACAUUCUACUUUUAACGUAUAUCAAACUAUGCUUAGAGUUUAUAAAAGCUAUAAUUUUAAAUUAAAAGAUAAAGAUGUAGUAAACCAGCAUUUAUCUUUUACAGCAAGACCAGGAGAUUUAGAAUCCAAAGAUGACUUUUUUGUUCUUUGGGAUACUUAAAUGGUAGUAACAGAGACUUCUUUUAAUAAUUAUAACAAAGAAAAUUAUGAUUAUUUUCAUUUUGAUUCAGUUCCUUGUUGGAUGAGAGUAAAUAUAGCAAGCAGAUUAGCCAAGAAUCCUUAAGAAUGGAUGGAUAUUUUUGGCUAAUAUAGAAGUGGAACUCAUAAUAAUUAAUGGAUUGUGACAGAUUAUAACAAAAUUUUUAUGGGAGAAGAGGCUUUCUUUCAUUAUAAAGUUCAAGAUUUAACAAAUACACUUUUAUCUAGUUAGGGUUAUGUUGCAUCAUAUAAUGUACCUUUAGAUUAAGAAAUUUUUGAUUCUUUAAGUAAGAUUCUUAUUAUAUUCAAGAUUAUCCUAAAACUACUUCUUAUAAUGAUGAUGUUAGAGCUAAAUAAUUUAGAAUGUAUUAAGGAAACCUAAAAUCAGUAAAAGAAAUUGGAAAAUUAGUAAGAUAUAAUAAAGUUACAGCUGAAUUUGAUUAUUGUGAUGGAGCAUUAAGUCCAAGAUGUGAUUUGGGAAAUGGAUACACUUUUGGAGGUAUUGAUGGAAAAGUGAUUAGUUAGGACAUGAUUAAAAAUAAAAAAGUUCAUUUAAUUUCAAGUCCUUCCUAUCAAAAUCAUAAUCCUUUCAAUUGGAAAUCCUAUCCUAAUAUUCCUCAUUUUGGAAUGACAGAUGAAUGGCAUUUUCCUUGGUAUGAAUUAGAUGAAAAUAACUUUACAAUCAAAGAGUUAUAUUUAGAUUAUUGA